AGUGAACCAACAAGGAAGUGGUGUUUCAAUUGGCAAAGACAUAGGAAACGUGGCCUUAGCAAAAAGAGAGCGUUCUUAAAUGAGAAACGAGCAGUCUUUAUAGACCGAAAACAGUGUACACGUGUCCUUUGGGUUGGACAACUUGUAAACAUGGCGGAUGUUGAUCAAGGAUCGGUCUUACCCAGCGAAACUUCACCUCUCGUUCUGGACGGCCUGAAUACAACCGACUCAAAUGGUACCGACGCUGUCAACGCGACUGUGGCCAAGUUUGUGGCGACACCGGAGGGAACGGCUCUAGCAUAUGGCAGCCUUGUAUUCAUGGCUCUGUUGCCCAUCUUCUUCGGUGCACUGCGUUCAGUCAGCUGCGGCAAAAGCAAGGUAACGUUAACAUUAUUGCAAUUUACAAGUACCUAGCUAACUAGGUAGUUUACGCAGCUAACAGUGGGAAGCUCUAAGUAACUGUUGGUUCCUGUUGUUGGGCCAUAAACAAAGGAUGCAACGAUCCUCAUUCACCUGUCCAGUGUCUCGCAUACAAGUCUCGUGCAGCACUAGCCAGAUGUCACUCACAUUACACAGUCAGUGUUUCUGUUCCAUAUCCAGACAAGUCUGAUGUAGCUAGCCAUUUAGCUAGGCAUGGCUAGUUAGUUAACAGCGGUAAUGAAUGACUGGCAGGCCUUGACUGGGGCUGUCAUUAACCAUAUGUUAACCCGAUUUCCAUGAGCGUUUGCUUGCUUAGUUUGCUAGUUAGAUUAGUUUGUUUUUUCUUGAGGGUGGUCAAUGUUAUUUUUAAUCAUGACAUUUAGCUAGUUGGCAUGAUGUUAUUCAUUCAUUUCAGCAAGGGUGCCACUGCCAAUUGUUUAGCAGGUGAUGGAGAGACGUGUGCAAGGGUUAGGCGAUUUUUAUUUGUUUUGACGUGAGUGGAUACGUUUAGGUAAAUCCAUUUCCAUUGCUUCUCAGUUAAAUUCUAUCGACGCCCUAGCCUAAUCUUUUCUCUGAAGCUCUUCUGACACUUGCUCAAUGUAUAGUAGAAAUAUGCAAAUCAUAGUUUCAUUUUCAUAACUACACAUGUCAUACAGCCAUCACUUCUGGUAUUUUAGUCAGUGGGUGGAGGGAAAGGGAUGAUGAUGCAUGACUUGGUUGUCUGUUGACAUGACUGAUAACAGGCUUUUUGAGUGGCAUGAAAUUAAUUAACUUUUCUGGUGGUUGUGAACUAACUGGCACUCUUCUGCAGUGCUUCCUGUGUGGUGUUGAAGUGUGGUUGGUUGCUGCCUCAUCUGGAAUCUUUCCUGGUGCUUACUAUAGAUUACCUACUAUACGUUUACUGUAUACCCAGCUUAUUACUUUCUGUACACUUAUUUCAUCCUUAGGUUGCUGGAGAAAAUGGUUGCGAUUAUGAGUACAGAGUGAGUAUUAGAACUGAUACUCAGAACACACACUGUCAGUCGACAGUAUUUUUAUUUUAACUUAUUUUUCUCUCAUACUGACACCUCAUUGUUCGUGGCAAUCUUGAAGAUGCUUCAUGACAGUGUGUCACUAUGUGUGUAUGUCUCCCAUUUGUGUGUAAAAUCAUUUUGGUUAUUAGGCACCAAGUGUCAAGGUGUGGGCCUCGGCUUAGUCCUGCUUUGCGCACAAUCAAUGAAGAUGUGGGUCCUGUCGUGUACAGGCCAAAUUGAUACUGAAGGUGAUAUGUUAAAGGGCUCUAUCUAGUAUCAACUGGAGAUGUGGUCUUUAGAAUUAGAUGGAAUGAGUCGCUCGUUCGUUGCAGUCCUGUCUUGUUACUUGCUGCUCAUUGCACCACAUUGACCCAUUUUAAUUAUAUUCCCUGUGCAGAUUAGCUCAUUUGAUUCAGAUGGGUUUAUCUCUAGUGGGACACGAACAUGUGACCUAACUACUUAUUUUGUGAAGAACUAGAAUUAGUCUGCGAUGCGUUGAUCCACUAAAGGUUAUGACUGUGUUUUAGUAAAAGAGGCAGGUUGAUAUUGAUACAGUCUAGAGCUAGUACUUCUAGUGCUUUCUCUCUGAAGAGGAACUUUGGCAAUGUGCAUUGAGAAUGUUCAUGCUUUUGUAUGUUUUGAAUGUACUUAGGAAGUGUGUGUAUUGCAUACUUGUCCACUCAACCCUUGUUUCUGUCUCUUCCCAGAACUCCUCAGACAUGCCAGAGACCAUCACAGGCAGAGAUGCUGCACGGUUCCCCAUAAUCGCCAGCUGCACCCUCUUCGGCCUCUACCUCUUCUUCAAAGUGAGCAUUAUCACCCCGCAAACACUUCUUAUGCUUUGUACUGAAGAAUUUUCUGCAUUAUUACAUUUUAAUAAGCUACUGCUUUCCCCUCCAACAAUCUCCCACAUAUCGCUGUACCUCUGUUUACUGUACUGUCUGCUGUAUCUGUGUUACUCAUUGCUUGCACCCUGUGCUCACAUCAUGCGUGCUGUCAUUAUUGAUUCACUUUUUUCAGCUCUGAUCAAGAGAGAGAGACUAGUGGUGGGACACUGUGUGUUGCAAAGGCGGAGAGGGGUGUAAUUAGUAAUACUAAAAAAUGUUUUCCUUGUUUCAAUCAUAGAUUUUCUCACAAGAGUACAUCAACUUGCUGCUGUCAAUGUAUUUCUUUGUCCUGGGGAUUUUAGCAUUGUCUCAUACAAUGAGGUGAGAGGCUUGAUUGUUUCAUAUCACUUUAUUAAGAUCUCCUUCCACUUUAGAUGACUUGGAUUAUAUAGCCUGUCUCAACAUCAUUUCUGCCUCUCUAUCUCAAUUAGUCCCUUCAUGAACAGGAUCUUCCCUGCUAACAUUCCCAUCAAGCAGUACCAGCUGCUCUUCACUCAGGGCUCAGGAGAGACCAAAGAAGGUAGGGAUGAAAUGGAUUGAAAGAGCUAGAAACAGUAAUAUGGUAAAAUACCCUGUAAAAGCACAUGUAUGGUUUAUGAAUAGCUGGAUGUUUGUCACUGUUGACCAUCCCUCCCACAGAAAUUGUCAACUAUGAGUUUGACACCAAGGACAUGAUCUGCCUGGUCAUCAGCACUGUGGUUGGGGUCUGGUACGUCCUCAAGAAGGUCAGUUAAAGCUACACUACAGCAUGUUAAUAUAGUGUGUGUUUUUAGUUUUUUUAUGGCAUGGCGAUUUAGUUUGGAGUGUAGAGGAUGAUGGUGUUACAGUGGGUUUUCACCAACAAUGAAUUCUGCAGGAGAAGUUCCGCCCCCAUUCAUUUUCAACGAGGGCACGCAGAGAAAUUUGAACCCUGCUAGAGAAGCGGUAGAAAAAGUAGAGCUGUACUUUAUGCAAAUUUGAAGUGUUGGAGCGACGUGUUGUCAAGAGGAGGCGCCGCCUCUAGUCAAAACCCAAUGUUACACAGUUGGUCCUAGAUAAAACCAACUGAAGAUAAAAUGUUGAAGACACCAAGUGGUCAGGUGCACUAACAGAGCUGUAAUUCGCUGCAGAAAGUUCCCUCAGUGUUUCUUUCAAUACUCUCUAUGGUUGGGUUCAUCUGUGUUAGUCUUCUGUUUGGGAGUUGUGGAUGUUUUUGUUUGAUCAUGUGCACUUUGGUUCUUCCAGCACUGGAUUGCCAACAACCUCUUUGGCUUGGCGUUCGCCCUGAAUGGGGUGGAGCUUCUGCACCUAAACAAUGUCAGUACUGGCUGCAUCCUGCUGGGGGGGCUGUUUGUGUAUGACGUCUUCUGGGUAAGUCUGCCAAAUAACCCCAACACUGCACUAUUGGGUGUAGCCUAUCUAACUUUGAUAAACAACCAAAAAUAACUACUGUUUUUGGUUGUUGAGUCAAUUAGACCAUUCACAUUUCAAGCUUAUCUUUCUAAAAAAUAGAGUUAUUUCUGAAUAUUUUGGCAAGAUAGCUGGCUAACUCAUUGAUGCUGCUUUGUACAGUCGUGGUCAAAGGUUUUGAGAAUGACACAUUAAUUUUCACAAAGUCUGCUGCCUCAGUUUUUAUGAUGGCAAUUUGAAGAGUGAUCAGAUGAAUUGCAAUUACAGUAAUUGCAAAGUCCCUCUUUGCCAUGAAAAUGAACUUAAUCCCAAAAAAAACAUUUCCACUGCAUUUCAGCACUGCCACAAAAGGACCAGCAGACAUCAUGUCAGUGAUUCUCUCGUUAACACAAGUGAGAGUGUUGACGAGGACAAGGCUGGAGAUCACUCUGUCAUGCUGAUUGAGUUAGAAUAACAGACUGGAAGCUUUAAAAGGAGGGUGGUGCUUGAAAUCAUUGUUCUUCCUCUGUUAACCAUGGUUCCCUGCAAGGAAACACGUGCCGUCAUCAUUGCUUUGCACAAAAAGGGCUUCACAGGCAACGAUAUUGCUGCUAGUAAGAUUGCACCUAAAUCAACCAUUUUAUCGGAUCAUCAAGAACUUCAAGGAGAGAGGUUCAAUUGUUGUGAAGAAGGCUUCAGGGCGCCCAGGAAACUCCAGCAAGCGCCAGGACUGUCUCCCAAAGUUGAUUCAGCUGCGGGAUCGGGGCGCCACCAGUGCAGAGCUUGCUCAGGAAUGGCAGCAGGCAGGUGUGAUUGCAUCUGCACGCACAGUGAGGCAAAGACUUUUGGAGGAUGGCCUGGUGUCAAGAAGGGCAGCGAGGAAGCCACUUCUCUCCAGGAAAAACAUCAGGGACAGACUGAUAUUCUGCAAAAGGUACAGGGAUUGGACUGCUGAGGACUGGGGUAAAGUCAUUUUCUCUGAUGAAUCCCCUUUCCGAUUGUUUGGGGCAUCCGGAAAACACCUUGUCCGGAGAAGACAAGGUGAGCGCUACCAUCAGUCCUGUGUCAUGCCAACAGUAAAGCAUCCUGAGACCAUUCAUGUGUGGGGUUGCUUCUCAGCCAAGGGAGUGGGCUCACUCACAAUUUUGCCUAAGAACACAGCCAUGAAUAAAGAAUGGUACCAGCACAUCCUCUGAGAGCAACUUCUCCCAACCAUCCAAGAACAGUUUGGUGACGAACAAUGCCUUUUCCAGCAUGAUGGAGCACCUUGCCAUAAGGCAAAAGUGAUAACUAAGUGGCUCGGGAACAAAACAUCGAAAUUUUGGGUCCAUGGCCAGGAAACACCCCAGACCUUAAUCCCAUUGAGGACUUGUGGUCGAUCCUCAAGAGGCGGGUGGACAAACAAAAACCCACAAAUUCUGACAAACUCCAAGCAUUGAUUAUGCAAGAAUGGGCUGCCAUCAGUCAGGAUGUGGCCCAGAAGUUAAUUGACAGCAUGCCAGGGCGGAUUGCAGAGGUCUUGAAAAAGAAGGGUCAACACUGCAAAUAUUGACUCUUUGCAUAAACUUAAUGUAAUUGUCAAUAAAGGCUCUGUCGUAACCGGCCGCGACCGGGAGACCCAUGGGGCGGCGCACAAUUGGCCCAGAGUCGUCCAGGGUAGGGGAGGGAAUGGCCGGCAGGGAUGUAGCUCAGUUGGUAGAGCAUGGCGUUUGCAACGCCAGGGUUGUGGGUUCGAUUCCCACGGGGGUCCAGUAUGAAAAAAUAAAUAAAAAAUAAUGUAUGCACUCACUAACUGUAAGUCGCUCUGGAUAAGAGCGUCUGCUAAAUGACGUAAAUGUAAAUAAAAGCCUUUGACACUUAUGGAAUGCUUGUAAUUAUACUUCAGCGUAACAUCUGACAAAAAUAUCUAAAAACACUGAAGCAGCAAACUUUGAAGACCAGUACUUGUGUCAUUCUCAAAACUAGUAUAUCCCUUAGGCCCUGCCAGAAUGUUAUGCUGGGAGGAUUGACUCACUUGAAUAAACACAACCAUUAUCCCUGUAGGUGUUUGGCACCAAUGUCAUGGUUACUGUGGCCAAGUCGUUCGAGGCACCCAUAAAGUGUGAGUGAAGGGACCUUUUUUAUUGUAAAAUGUCAAUACAGUCAAUAUUUAUAGACAGUAUGUACUGUGUAACCUUACUUUAAUGGGUACUAUGUAAAUGUAUUUUGUUAGCCAUAUAUUUAACUGUCUUCUAAAAGCUGCAACUAUCACCCCAGUCACUGUGGAGCAACUCCUGUCAUCGUGUGUGCUCUGCUUUUGGUCUCUGUAAUCAGAUCACAUCUAACGUCUGAUGACACAUGGUGACAGUUAUUUCUUCCUCUUUCUCCCCAUUCUCAGUGGUGUUUCCCCAGGACCUGUUGGAGAAGGGUCUGGCUGCCAAUCAAUUUGCCAUGCUGGGUCUUGGAGAUAUUGUCAUUCCAGGCGAGUCAACAUUCCCCUCACUCAGCAGUAGCGUCUAAUUUUAUAUACAAAUUGGCUUGUGACAUCAACUUGAGAGAAAUACUCCAGCAUUAGAUCCGCCUCCACUCUAACACCACAUGCUGAAGCUUAUUUUCUUCUAAAGGCGUCCGCAUGCUUCCCAGCCGAAACAGUUUGGAACAGUCUGUGCAUAUAUUAUGUUUACCUUUUGUGACGUUUUCGGCAAGUUUUUUUUCCCGGUUGUUCGUGUACAGAAAAAUGUCAAAAUUAAUGACAGAUUUCUUGAAUUAUCUUGUAUGUAUGCGAGCACACGCGUUCAUUUCACCUAGCCGAACUGAAGCAUGCUGACGCCUUAAGAGCACUGGCCCAACUGUUAAUGUGAAUAUUGCAUUUAUUUUUCAGGUAUCUUCAUUGCUUUACUCCUCCGCUUUGAUGUCAGGUGAGCACUAACUCUUCUCCUUCUAUAUCAUUGCCCAUAUCCUCGCUCUCCUUGCCCUGUCUUGUUGUUUCUAGCUGUUUAAUGUUCUCUCUGUACCCCCCCCCCAGUCUGAAGAAGAACACCAGGACCUACUUCUACACCAGCUUCCUGGCCUACAUCUUUGGCCUGGGCCUGACCAUCUGGGUCAUGCACACCUUCAAACACGCCCAGGUGAGAGAGGCACAGACUCCCAGGUCACACUCAUGACAUGCAGUUGAAAGUGUCACCUUUAUGUAGAGACUUGGCUGGUACUGACUGGUUGUCUUGUCUCACUCUCUCUUCCUUCCCAGCCUGCCUUGCUGUACCUGGUCCCAGCCUGUAUUGGAUUCCCAGUGGUUGUAGCUUUGUUGAAAGGAGAACUGACAGAGAUGUUCAGGUAAUAAUAUAAUACCUUCCCUGUUUCCAGCAUGGCAUUUCUUAAUCAGCGCUGAGCUCAUCACCAGUGGUAUUGAAUAUUUAGCCUGUUCCACCAUGCAGCACCAGAUAGUAGGCUUGGGUGGUAUACCAUAUUAUACCUAUACCGGGGUAUUUGGAAAUAGCCACGGGAUGGUUUUCCCAUACCAUUGAAACUAUUUAUUUGAAGUUUUUCAAUACAUUUGAAUAUUUGUAGCUAUUUGUUAAGUAAAUACCUGCAGUUAAAUUGUGCAGUGAGUUAGGAGAUAAAGCAGAUCGCAUUCUUCAGUUCACCUCUCACAUUAUUUACAUUAUGAAGCUUAUGUAGUUCCCCAGAACAGUUGAGCCAGUCACGAAUUUGUUUGUAAAUAGUACAACGGGAGAAUGCGGGAGCAGGGGUCGUGUUUUAUAUUGAAAGUCAAGUGUUUUUUUGCUUCAAUAGAGCGAACAGGGACGUGCAACUAUAGUUUUCCUUCAUAGAAAAUACAUUGGUGCAACACAUUUGGCAGAAAAUGGCUUCAUUUUCAUCACAUGACAACAGAAGUGCAAUGCUAUUUGGCUGGCAGCCACACAAGUAAAUAAGCUUACAAUGAAAAAUCAAAUCAGUCUUUUUUGCAAAAACUAUGCAUGGCCAUCAUAUUUCUAAUGUUUAGGCCUAUCAUAAAGAAUGUAGCCAGCUACAUUUCCUAAUAUUUUGCUUAAAGACCAAGAAUAGGCUGGCUACACAGCGAAAAGUACUGGAGAAAAUCAGUCCAAGCGCUGUAUGCUGAUAGAAUGCCUGUUUUUGAAUUGUCAUCGGAGUUCAGAAGUGCAACUGAAGCACAAAACUUGUCUGAUGCCGAGCAGAAAUAACAAUACGAAGCAUUUUAGAUCUGUGUUUACAAAACGCAGCAAGAUAUUUCUUAUGCAUUUUUAUUUUUUAUAUCUGCCACUGCUAUCUUGAUUUCCUUGCGUUCUUUUUCUCCGUUCUGGGCCCGUCUGCUCCUCCCCCCUCUUCUCCGAGCAGAGCAGGCAAGCCCGUUGCCCUAGCAACUCCAGACUCCACACAGACGCAGUGUGUAGACAUGCUGCUGGAGAGCCAGUACCGUUCUUCCUUCAGACAAACAUGCGUCAACUUUGUACAAUGUCUCUCGUUCACAUCCGCUUGUAAAUGUCCAAACUCACCAACCUACCAAUAAUGUAUAACUUUAUGAUCAGGAUUGCCUGUCUUUGCAAUUCAUUUAUUUAUUUUUGCGCUCGUUAGCCCAUUUAGCUAGCAGUCUCCAUGGAAAUUCGCUAUUUUUGGUAGCAUUCUGGUAAUAGACGCCCAAUGUGGCUUAUAUUAUUUUUUGGGCCUCUCCCUUGUGUACUAAGCCGGUAAUACUGUAUAUCUCGGGGUGAGAAGACAGUAUGACGAAAUGAGAAUCUGGAUACCGCUCAACCCUACCAGAUAGUGCUAUUGGUGUCUUAAAAAAAAAAAAAGUAGUUGGUUGCCUGUGUCUCUUUCUAUUUUGACAUAUCUGUGCUUCCAAGAUUAUUCAGCAUGGAAACUCCAUCUCACUUUUUAAAAAUAUAUUCUUUCUAUUUUCACUCAUCAUAUAAACCUUUGCCUCCUAUUGCUCUCCCCUCCUCCAGACUCAAAUAUCAUUUACAUGAUUACAAUGAUUUAGCAUUCUCCCACCCAGUGCUGCUUGGAGUAUUGUGUGUGAAAGGCUCUGUCAUACACCUACUCAUCCAUGCAUACACUGCUGGGUCAGGGUCAGGCCUUGGUCCCCCUAGACUGUAAUCUCAGCCCUGUGACUGGGGCUGUGGAGGGUCUGACUGCUGCUAGCCAUAAUAACUGCAGAUGUUAGAUACCCAGCUGGGGCAAGCACCUGCACAGAGGCUGGCCUGGGCAGGGGAGGGGAGGGAGAGGAAUCAUUCCCCAAAACUCUCCUGCCAGAAAUGUCGCCUCCGCCUCGCUUGAUAUUCGCCAUUGGUAAGAAAAAAGCCAUGACCUUGGGGUGGCACGAAAUAUGUGGAGAGAGGGUAAGAGACCUGGGGGUCAAAGCUGGCCAUGCCAAGGCUUGGUGCCAACUGCUAACCUUCCUAUUCAUCAUACUUUGACUGAUUCCCAUCUGUCACACUGCUGGCGUUUCUGACUAGACACACUUUAUAUUCACUCAUUCUUUGUUCACUUCUCUGUGUUCAGUCUUCCAAAGCUCUUCAUCUCUUCAUUUUUAGCACCUUUCUUUGUAGAGCUAUGAAUUCAGUUUGUCAUACUAGUCUUUUCUCUUCUCUCUCUUCUCUCUCUCUCUCUCUCUACUGUGUGUUUCUCUGCUGUAACAACUCACUGGCCGUCCUGCUCCUCCUCUUCUUCCUGCUCAGCUAUGAGUCCUCAGAGGAGGUGUUGCCACACACACCCCGGCUCACACACUACCCCACUGUGUCAGGCUCUCCUGCCAGCCUGGCUAACUCAAUGCAGAGCUCCUCCUCGCCACGCCGGCGACGCAACAACCCACCCAUGUAGUGACCAGACCACCUCUCACCUGGGCAGGUAUGCCCCAUGUCUCCACCACCCUGUCCUGCCACCACCCUGCCCUGACAUGACUCUGUCAUUAACCCUGGCUUGCCUGGCGUUCAUUGUCCUUCCCUCUGUUUCUCUCUACUGCUCUGACCCUCAACACCAGAGCUCUGUGGACCCCUGGCACUGGCAGAUGCAAUCUCUCUCCUUUGAAAGAAAUGUAAAUAUUAGUAUUUUCCUGAUAGGUGUCCCAUUUCCAGGUAAUGGUUCAACUCAUUUUAGUUAACCAGGGCAUAUCUGGCCCAGACCUUUAAACCCAACCUUUUUUGGUUCUGAAGCAUUGUUCAUAAGUUGCUUUGGCUGAGUAUGAUUCAGAUACCCCACUAGUCAUGUCCAGUCAUUCUCCAGGGCUGCAGCUCACCCACAUCAUUUUGUUGUGUUUGUUGGAGUCCCGGGCCAGCAUUGGAUUCAUCACUCCCAUUGGUGUUUUAUUGGUAUCAACAUAAAACACUUUCAUGUUUAUUUAGAAUUUUGAGAAACCAUACAAUUGUGUGCAGUGCAUUGUGAAGUCUCCACAUUGAUAAUCAUCCUUUCUCUCUUUCUUUGUCUCCUCCUUUUCCAUUUAAAACAUUACCUUUCUAUUCUUGUCUACCACUCUGACAGGUACGAGGAAGUCUCUCCGGAAGAUGCUGCAGUGAAAGAAGAGACGACAGAGAGCACAGAGGCUGAGAAAAAAGAUCAAUGAUGACAGUUUCCUCAAGCUCGUCCAACACUAGCUGCCCCCACACAUCAGCCCACCUCUAUACACAUCCUGGGAGGGUGUUCAUGUUUCCCAUGUGACGUGCAGUGGAAAUGGCUGAUUUAUUAAAUAGCUGUUUUGACAUUGGGAUAUUUUGUAGUUCAAAAGUGGUUUGUUACACACAUUGUACAACAGCUUAUCCGGUGCCUAUGUUUUUGUUUUGUGUUCAUCCAGUAUGCCUUUUGGCAUUCUCAUGUGAUAUUUUAUUUCAUUUGAAUUGCCAUAAUUUUAAAUGGAAAAAGUGUUAUUGUUUUUGUUCUGUUUUGGGGGGAAUAUGAGAUAUCACAGGAAGCUGAAAAGUUGUACGUUGUCAGAAAACAUUUUGCUCUCCCAGCCUGAUUUAUUUAUAAUGAUUGUCUAGUUUGAUCUCUGCACCAAGUCCGUUCUUGGUUUUAUAUAAAAAUGCCUUUCUCAUAGAUAAUGUGAAGUAUAAUAUGGUGGUGUAAGGGAUGCAGGAGAUGAGUCUACGAUUGUGUCAUACACAUGCUUUACAUGGAAAUUCACCUUUGACAUGGAACUCGACCGUUGGUAUCUAUAUGAAUGGCACCUGGCUUCCCCAUGGUUCUCUGGUCUGGAAGUCUUUGGCUUCAACAAAGACACCUAACUAUGUACUACUGCACUAGUCUCAAUGUAUAAUUGUGCCAAUUUAGUAGUGCAUGUAAUUACAUGGUACCUGACAUGCUGUUCAGUAUAGUGGUAAUAAUAGCUCAGAAUUCAGAUCAUAGCAUUAAGGAAGUAACUGAACUUGGGCAAUCGAUCACAUUUUGAAAUUUUUAUGGACAUUUGCUAUGACACUACUAUUUAUGUGAAUCAUACUCUGUCAUAUCAGAGAAGUCUGUUAUAUGGAAACUAUAUUAAGGAUUGUAGUUAGCGAAGUCCCAUGCAGUGACUGAAAUGUACCUGCAGGUGGAGACAGUGUCAAAAGAACCAUGUCUCCUCAGAGAGGAGACCAAAGGACCAAAUGAUUACUCUUCUUGCUUUAGGUUGUAACUUCUUUGCUUUAAUAACGUAUUUUCUUUCUGGCCUUUUUGCAGUUUGGAGCAGUGUGUUUCAAGUUCAGAAAGACCGGGGAGAAGCUUUUUCAUGUUAGGGCUUUAAGAUUGAGCGGUUUUGUAGAAAUGUGUUUUGGUAAAGAUCAUGUCC